UGCUGCGCCCACCGACUCAUUUUAUGCGCUCCAAAACCCGAACCCUUCUACUUAUCAGUUCCGCCAAAUGCUUCACCUGCUCCCAUGGCAAUCGCGCCGUUGCCGUCCGCCCUCUCCUUCCCUUCCCUCCCCAGAUGCCGACAACUCUAUCUCCCUACGAUCGCGCCGAACCUAGCUCGCAGGACCCUCGCGCACUGUUGCUUUGCCAAAAGAUCUAGGAGGAGCAGGGCGAUCAAGAGCAACGAGGAGCUCUGCGAUGAGCUGCGGGAGUUCAACUCCUCUGUUGGACUACCUGAGGAUCGCGCGCCAUCGAUGAGCAAGCUUAGGGAGAAUGGAAGGACGGAUCUUGCAAAUAUUGUGAGGCGUAGAGGAUAUAAGGUAAUCACAGAGCUUCUAUUGAAUUCAAAUGGGAAGAACCACUCAGAAAAAAGUUCACUUAAAGAUUCUUUGACUGCAAAGAUUUGCAAAACUGCAGGAGAUCUAGAGGACACAAACUCGUCUAUUGAUUGCACGUACUCAUCAAACACUUUGGAGAAAGACAUGAUUGAUUCAAAUGGGGUAAUUCUUGAUGUUUCAGAAGAAUCUUUGUUACCAAAAGCAGCGAAGUUUGUUCAAAUUGGAGAUUUGGACAAAAUAGGAGGUGAAGACAGUGAGUUAUGUCAGAAUUUGACUUUCAAGGCUUAUGAACAAGACUUUCAGAAUGAAAUUAAUCAUCUAAAAAAUUUAAUGGAGCAAAAUGAAGUGGAGCUUUCACAAAUAAAGCAACAAGUUGAAGAUGAAAAUAUUGCAUUAAAUAAUCUCUAUGCGAAGGGAACAACUGAGCUUGGUGAUAUGAAGAGAAAGAUAGCUGAGAAAGAUAUGGAGCUCCAUAUGGCUGAGGAAAAUUUAAGUGAACUAAUUGAGGUUCAUAUAGAUUACUGGACAGAUGGUGAAAUUAUAGAAGUUGCUGGUAGUUUCAAUGGUUGGCAGCACAGAGUCAGAAUGAAUCCUCAUCCUUCAUCUGAACACAUAAACCCACAUGGAUCCAGGAGACGAUUUCUAUGGACAGCAGUGUUGUGGCUUUAUCCUGGAGUUUAUGAGCCUUGCAAGGUAAGACUGCCUACAAUGGAUUAUUCCUCGAGACCCCGCAUAACAGGAGCUUUGUGCACCGGGCUGCCCUUUUAUCAUCUAUUAACUCACGCUCCUUUUGUCAAUUAGAUAUUCUUCAUUUUUGUAUGGAUUGGUAAGCAGAGCUUAGUUUUUAUAACAUAGUACAACAAAACAAGGCGACAUUUGGAACAAGAAUGAAGAUGGGCUAGUGCCCAGCCCCUGAUUUUGAGUGGAGCUUGAGUGAUGUGCUAUAGUAGUUAAUAUGAGGUUGAGUUCCUGAGUGAAUUCACGUGGGGUUGUAAAAACACAGGUUAUGUUGAUGCUGGGAAUACAGAUAAGUUGUUUGAGACGAACCAGUCUAUGCAUUGGUAUUGGUUGGAAUUUAAGAGACUUGAUACCUUUUCACAGAACCCUAUCAUCAUGUUUAAAAUGACUUUGAAAUGGCUGUUGCACUUCUGGGUUGACAGACGCUUGUAUUGAAAAUUGGCAGUAAGGAGCCUUUUCCAUUAAUGUUGCUUAUUUUAAUCAAGUUACAAAAUCAUUUAUUGUUUGGAAUCUUGCAAUUGUUUCGGUAUUGUUUUUUAGGAUUUCAUUACAGCAGCAUUGCAACUCAGGUACUUGUUAGUCACCUACUUAAGCAUUCGUUCUUGCCUAUUCUAUCAGUAGAAGCUGUGGUUAUUUCUAAAUGCACAUUUAGGCUCCACUUUGUGAAAAUUAUUACAGUGAAUCAUCAUCAUCAUCAUCAUCAUCAUCAUCUUUGUGAACUUGCAUUUCAGAAACUUAUGUUAAAGAUUCACAUAUCGCUAUGAUGUAUAUUUUUUGUAUAUCAUUUGUGUUGUUUCUUGACAAACGUCAAUUUAAUGGCAUCAUUCUUCUUCUUCAGUAUAUGUUGUAACAGCUUGAUCAUUUCU